UUUUAAGUUUCAUCAAUCAGAUGGGAAAAAAAAAAGAAGAUAGAAUCAAGAGUUCUUGUUAGUUAAUUAAAGGUUCAGAUAUAACCUUGGUUCCCGUUUAAAUUCUCGAUUUCUGUUCCAGCUCUGCACAACUUCAAUUCAAACCUCUUUGGGAAAGUCAUGCUUCAACAAAUUCCACCGUUGCCGGAAAUGAAAAUUUUCUAUUUUUAUACUAGUUCUUUUUUGUUAAAGAACUUUAUAUCUUAAUAGUUGUAUGACAACUUCUUAGUUUUUGUUUCCAAAAAAAUAUUCAAAGUGACUCUUUGGAUAUCUUAAGGAACAAAUAAAUUUAUUAGAAGCUGAAAAUAUGUUUUGGUCCGAUUAGAGUAGCCGCUGGGCCACCUGCUUGUUCCGACUACUCGUGGUUUUCAUUUUCACUUUCUCCUUCUUUAUGACAUAAAAGUGAUUAGUUGCACUAAAAACUUCGUUGUCCUACGCAUGGUGACGUGUAGUAAUAUUUAAAAAAUAUUGAAAAAUAGGACUUGGAUACUUUUUUAACUCAUUUAAAGGUAAAAGUUGUACACAAUAUAUGGUAUUUGCUGAUUAAAAAUACAUUUAAAUCUAUUAAUUUGAUAUAUUAAUUUGAUACAAACAAAACCAAAACGACAUACUACAUCGUCAUACACAUUAGUUGUAUAACGUCAAGUUAAAAUGAUAAGCCUAACAAACAAGAUUAUAAGGCUUUAUAAGCCAAUACAUAUAUAAGUUUGAACAAAAGAAAGCCAAUAUGAAUGAGUUGGUAAUUGCUUGCGCCUAAGUGUGAACAAGUCUAGAUCGGUAUAUUUACUUUGUUUUCUUUUCUUCUGUAGAACACUUCAGACAAGUUAUGUCUUAAUCACUUUAUCGGUCUCCCAUAGUUUUGUAAAAAAUAAAAGCCGCAUUCUAACAACUUUUCUAAUCCCAACAAAAAUCUAUUUAUUAUUCAAUGUUCUACCAACUUUGUUCUAUAUAUAUUCAGGACUCCAUAACCAUUCAACACUCUACCAACCUUAUAUCUCUAGUCACUCUCUUAAUCAUUCACAAAUCACUUUUGAAGCUUUCACACCACUAUUUCUUUCUCGGAAAAUCAUCUCUUGAUUUUUAAGAAUUUUCGGUUAAUAUUUAUAGAAAACAAAUUUCUCAUUUCCCUUAUUCGGACAAUGUUCUUGUCAUACAGAGAAUGCCAUCGACUUGAGUUGCAAUCUCUCCUCAACAACAAAACGAGCGUUGAGAAGCGUUUCUAUUUCUGGAUUUUUCAAAUAUUAACAGUUGUAGCUUCGUGAUCGUGACUUCAAUUGUAAUUAAUAUCUCUUUCUGAAUUUUAAAUGCUCACGCGUGGGUCAAGAUUUUAGCCGUUUCUUGUGUACAAAGUCACUUAGUGUCAGGGUUAUUGCAAAUGGGAAGUUCAAGUUUACCUCCAGGAUUCCGGUUCCAUCCUACUGAUGAAGAACUCAUCGACUAUUACUUGAAAAGAAAAGUGGAAGGCCUCGAAAUCGAGCUUGAAGUCAUCCCCGUUAUUGAUCUUUAUAAAUUUGAUCCGUGGGAGUUACCAGACAAAUCUUUUCUCCCAAACCGGGACAUGGAAUGGUUCUUUUUCUGUUCAAGGGACAAAAAAUAUCCUAAUGGUUUGCGUACAAACCGAGGAACAAAGGCGGGUUACUGGAAAGCAACCGGAAAAGACCGGAAAAUUACAUGUCGUUCAUCUUCUACAGUCGGUUAUAGAAAAACCCUAGUUUUCUAUAAAGGUCGUGCUCCGUUAGGCGAUAGAACCAGUUGGCUCAUGCAUGAAUAUCGACUAUGCGAUGAUGAGAGUUCAUCACAAGGUUCACAAUAUUUCAAGGGAGCUUUUGUGUUAUGCCGUGUGGCUAAGAAGAAUGAGAACAAGAGUAACUCAAAAAUUCAAAGAAACCUAAGUGAACAAACACUUGGAUCAGGAGAAAGUUCGGGUUAUUCAAGUCGUGUGACUUCACCUAGUCGUGAUGGAACGGUGCCGUUUCACUCAUUUGUCAAUCCCGACUCUUCCAACAUUUGGAUUUCACCUGAUUUCAUUCUUGAUUCUUCAAAAGACUAUCCUCAAAUCCAAGAUGUUGCACCUUACUUUCAAGACUUUGAUUUUCCGGUUUUCGGUAAUCAAGACGUUGAUGUUCCAGCGAGUACCUUGAAUGCAAAUGUAGAUCAGAGCAUAGACGAAUCUAUGCAAACUGGUUACUGGACAAAUAGUUGGUAUGAUCAAACCGGUUUAUUUGAUUAAUCCGACUUCUCCUUGCUAGAUGGACUUUCGUCGAGGUCGGUCUCUCGUUUAAGACAAACAACUUUUAUCGUUCGAGUCAUCCAAAUUUUAGCACUGGUCUAUAUCGAUUGUUUAUUCUGUUUUAUUACAAUUAAUAUUAUGGAUUUACUAUAUGUAUUAAUAUUAUAGGUACGUAUUUGAAGAUGUAUGUUGUUUUCUCUGUGGAAUUUCUUUUUCUUCAGUAGGACUGUGUAUUAUUGUCGUCUUAUGUAUCCAACGAUCUCUCAGUGUUACGAUGAUGAUUAGUUGGACCACACACUAUAUAAAGAACAAUUUUUCUUGACGUCACU